CACUGGUUCAUGUUAUUUAUUUCGUACUUAGAAAAGCGAAAAGCUUUUCACGCUGACUGGAAAAAUUUCAAGAUGAGGCUUAAUCCAAUGCUUUCAGUACUCUGUCGACCGACAACCGCCGCAAGCUCCGCAUCUCUCAGUCUCCAUCUUGCUGAGCCUGGGCUUACUUCGAUGCGUAUGCUGCGCGCCGUGAUGGAGCUGCUACGCAGCCGCCGUCAUGAGGGCAGCGAUCGCGACUCGCGAGUGCCACGCUCAUCAACUACAGAACACAAGACAAAUCCAAACAUUCGCGCCGCGAGAUCCACCUUUAUGACUUCUGUCGGACCGGACGAGACUGUACGCAAUGCAGUAGCGUUUCUGGCGCAGGAAGACGGCGAGAGCGCGCUCAUCUACGCGCUCGUCCACGACCCAGAGUUCCGCUUGGCUUCAGCGCUGGCGACGACUCCGUCAGGUGCCGACGUGAACGUGAUCCGCGCGCUGUUGUUUGUAUUUGAAAACCACGAGGACCAGCUGCGUAAACUGCUGGGGCUGCUCAUGUUCCGCGAGAUGGUGCACACACAGAACUGGAACGAGCUCUUCCGAGCCAACUCGGCCACGACAGCUCUGCUGCGCGAAUACACAUGCGAACUGGGUGGCGACUUCCUGAGCCACGCGCUAGCAGACGUCGUCAACGAGCUCUGGGUCAGUUCGGACGGCCACGAGGUGAACCCACGCUAUCUACAGCCACACGACGAUCUCCAUGCCAAUCAACGACGACUAGAGGCGCUGGCUGAGCGCACACUCGACCGGAUCUUCAGUGCAGCGUCGCUGUUUCCCUACCAAGUUGCCAAAAUCUAUCGCGUGUUGGAGCUGGAGAUGAUGCGACUUGUUGAACGAGAUCGACGCAGCAACGUGUCACUACCCAGACUCAGCGCCAUGGGAGGCAGCAGCAACAGUCUCAUCUUCUCGGACGCAGGCAACAACAACAACAACAGCUUCAUGGAGCGUACCUCCUUUGAAAGCGUAGGACUGGGAGCACUGCCUCGACUCAGCUCUGUUGAAGAGAGUCUUCUUGACGAAGUCCUGGCACAGUCAAACAGCUCAAAUGGCACGUCUUCCACCGUCUCUGCAGCGAAGGAGGAGUUCUACAUGCAUCUGGGAGGUCUGGUCUUCCUGCGGUUCCUGUGUCCGGCGCUAGUGGUCCCCCACAAGAUGAAUUUGACGCCAGGGAGUGCUGCACCCAACAAGCAGAUGCAGCGUACACUUGUGCUACUGGCAAAGCUGAUGCAGUCUCUGGCCAACAACGUCGAGUACUCUGCGUCGACUGAAUCGUUCAUGGUGCCGUUCAACGCGUUCCUUGUUCGAAAUCGACCCAAGCUCACGCGAUUUUACGACCAACUGUGUCAACAAGCCCAGAAUGACUCGCGUCGAGAGAGUUUGGUGGCACGUAGCAAUACAGUCCCGCGGAUAUCGCAGCUUUGGGCAAGUCGGAGUAGCAGUAGUCUGGGGAUAGAUCCGGCGAUUGUGAACCUCACGGGAGCGCGCUUUAUGGAAUCGCCGGAGGCUUCGUGCGCUGUCUUACGCAACUGGAUGAGCUCGAAUCUUGACUACUUGGCGAUGGAGGUCGCAGAUAACAACAAGUUCCGUCGCCAACAAAAUAUUGUCGUCAGUAACGGAUGCAGUAGUAGCGGGAGCUCCACGCCGCCUACAUCGGCCACGUCAGCGCUGUCAAACUCACCGCUGAAGGCUCGACCAAAGAGGAAGCUGAAGACGUCCAAGAGCUCGACAUAUCCGGUAGAAAUCCAGGAAGAAGAUGAAGAAGAGAAGACGAAUGAUACCUCAUCUAAGUCGUCACAACGACAUGAUGUCGCGAUGCCUGUUUCACUGGAUGAACUGGACAAGAUCAUGGGCCACACAAGUCACCGUGACAGCCAGUUGAUGAAGGUGUACUACGCGAAGCUCUCGCAGAAUGGUCUGCAGCGGCUACUGCACGUGAACGACGUUGAUGGAGCAGAGUGGACUGUCUAUAAGAGUAGAGGAGAUGUUGAGGUGCUCCGCAAAACGCCAGGACAUUUUGUGUGUCCGUCAGGGGGCUUUGCCUCGGAGAAAGACCGACUGGUGGAGAUGAAGGGAUAUGUCACCAUCCAGUCAACACCCCAGCGCGUAUUUGAAUAUCUGCGAUCACUUGUGAAUGAACGCAGUGCAGCUUUAGGAAGCAGCACCGACGACGACAAGAUGACGAUCAGGAGAGUGGAGCCACUGGAUGACUCGAAGGCAGUGCUAUACCGUGAGCAUUCUAGACUGUCACUGUGGCCUGCGUGGCUGGUAAAGCCUCGUGAUUCCUGCGAUCUCCACAGCUUCGUUGAGAAGACAGGGCGACCGGAUACGUAUGCGGUGCUGCAGGAGUCGAUUCCACGUCCCGAUGUACCUGAGCGCAAGGGUAUUGUGCGGAUGGCUUAUGCUACUGGCGGCUUUCUGAUUGAGCCAUUUGUAGGAGACGAGGAAGGUCCAAAUCCGGGUACGAGACUUACUUGCAUCGUAAGAGCAGAUUUCAAGGGACUUAUGCCACGAUAUCUUGCCGAGAGUAUCGUCUAUCGGCAAGUGCUGGAGGUUGAGACCAUUCGUUCGCGUGUGAUAUCGAUGCGACGCCAAACGAGCUCUGAGUGGGUCUAG